AUGGCCAGAGGACACCGGGGUGGGGACACAAGGGCUGGCCGGUGGCUGGAGCCUGACCCCGCCGUUCGCAGUCCCCGGGACACGAUCGGGCCCCACGUGGCGGCACCGCCCAGACCCCGCCCUGCAGGGGUCGCAUCCAAGGAUCGCUAUCACGAUAGGGGGUCUGGACAGACCUCCAUCCCCCGCCGUAAGUACGGACCCCGGGACAUCACCGUAGUUGGAGGGUGGAGACUGGAGGGGGGCCCCGAGAGGUGGUCCUCGGGUCCGGCCUCGGGGGCCUUCGGGUGGGCUGGAGCGGGGCAGAGGACCCAAGGGUAUACCCCCAGCGACCCCAAAGUACCUGUCCCCACCCCCGGAAGACCCAAGGGCACAGCCCAGGAACUCCAGGGUGUCCUGCUGCAUGCCAAGCACCUGCUCACAAGCCUCCCCCAGAGCCCACCUAGGACUCGCCCCCGGGGGUGCGCGGGGCCGGGCCAGGAGAGCAGCGACGCUGCUGCGGGUUUGGCCUCCCCCUGGGAUCCAUCACCCUAUGAUCCUUCUCUUCCCAGCGCAGCCACUGCCACCAUGUCAGCCAAAACCACCAUGUCAACAGAGGAUGAUCAGGAGAUGAAGAGUGUGGUGAGCCGGGUGGCUAACCUGACGCUGGUGAGCUCAGCCUGUGGUGCCAUCUCCACCGCCUAUGCCUCCACCAAGGAUCGCCACCCCUACCUCAAGUCCGUCUGCAACGCCGCUGAGAAGGGGGUGAGGACCCUGACAGCAGCAGCAGUCAGCGGGGCCCAGCCCCUCCUCAUCAAGCUGGAGCCACAGAUUUCCACUGCCAACGAAUACGCCUGCAAAGGGCUGGAUAAGCUGGAGGAGAAGCUGCCCAUCCUGCAGCAACCCCCGGAGAAGGUGGUGGCAGGCACGAGGGAGCUGGUGUCGUGCACGGUGAGCGGCGCGGUGGGGCUGGCCCGCGGCGCGGUGUGGGGGGGCGUGGAGAGGACACGCCUGGCACUCAGCACCGGCGUCGGCACCGUGGUGGGUUCCCGCGUGGGGCAACUGCUGGCCACAGGGGUGGACGCGGUGCUGGGCAAAUCAGAGGAACUGGUGGAGCGGUACCUGCCUGGCACGGAGGAGGAGCCGGCAGGGGUGGCAGACGUGGAGGUGACCAUGCCAGAGCGGCCAAAGCGGUGGCAGAGCUGCUUCGUCCGUGUGGGCUCACUCUCGGCCAAGCUGCGGCACCGAGCCCUGCGGGGGGGCGGCCCCCCCACUGGGGGCAGUGGUGCCUGUGGGAGUUACUGGAAUAUGGUGGGGGGACCCACACCCAGGCAAGGCAGUGAGGGAUGGGGUGGGAGGGUCCAUGCCAAUGAAAGACACCAAGGUAUGGAGUCGGGGGCCAUGCCCAUGGAAGAAACCAAGGUGGAGCCGCGGACUCUGGCCAUGCUCCGUGGGCUUCUGCACCAGCUCCAUGCUGCCUGUGCCCGCCUGGUCUCCAGCGCCCGGGCUCUGCCCAGCAGCGUGCAGGAGACAGCAGGGCAGGUCCAGCAUGUGGUGGAGGAUGUGCAGGCCUCCCUCUCCCGUGUCCACACUUUCCACGACCUGUCAGACUUGGUGCUGGCACAGAGCCAUGAGACGAUGCAGAAGGCACAGACGAACAUCGACGAGCUGCUGGAGUACGUGGGGCAGCACGCGCCCGUGCCCUGGCUGGCAGGACCCUUCGCCCCUGCCCUGGUGGAGUACCCGGAGGAUGUCCCCGUGGAGAUGUCCAAGUGGGAGGGUUGUGUCACCGUGGAGGGGACGCACCAUGCGACAGCUGCCCCACGGUGCUGCAGCUAGCACUCAGCUGCCAGCACUGCCAGGCUAGGGCAGCACCCACGGGAGCACCCCCAGCAGCACACGAGGUGACGAGGUGACCCAGCAUGGGACCCCUGUGAGAAGGGACAGUGGCACGUAGAGGACACACCAUGGGCUCAGCCCUGCCCACUGUGGGGUCUGGGGCUCCCUGUGGUGUCCCCAGAGCCUGGGAAUGUUGGGAUUUCUUGUUCUAGAAGCAUUCAAAGCCUGGAAAGAAGAAGAAAACAACUUUUUUGGCCUUAAAAUGAGUCACAGCCCCUAGCGCCGGCUGCCACAAGGCCACUGGGUGGUGCCAGGGCUUGGCACAGAGCUGGGGAUGCGGGGUAACCCUGUGGGGAGGGUUUUACUGGUGAAGUGUUGGGAUAGGUGCCAGU